UUCCCGCCAAUUCUUGCGGAAGCCUACUGGGGCAAUCCCGCCGUUUGACCCAGCCGAGCAUCCCGGGCUCCAUGGAGGCGUUUAACCCAGCCGAGCUUCCCGAGCUGCUUAAGCUUUAUUACCGGAGGCUCUUUCCCUACGCCCAGUACUAUCGCUGGCUCAACUAUGGCGGAGUGAUAAAGAAUUACUUUCAACACCGUGAAUUUUCAUUCACACUGAAAGAUGAUAUCUAUAUUCGCUACCAAUCCUUCAACAACCAGAGUGAUCUGGAAAAGGAGAUGCAGAAAAUGAAUCCGUACAAAAUUGAUAUAGGCGCGGUCUAUUCCCACAGACCCAAUCAACAUAAUACAGUGAAGCUGGGAGCUUUCCAGGCUCAAGAAAAAGAACUGGUGUUUGACAUUGACAUGACAGACUAUGAUGAUGUGAGGAGAUGUUGUAGUUCUGCAGACAUAUGUUCUAAGUGCUGGACUCUCAUGACAAUGGCCAUACGCAUCAUCGACCGAGCAUUGAAGGAGGACUUUGGAUUUAAGCAUCGCCUCUGGGUAUAUUCUGGAAGAAGAGGUGUUCAUUGUUGGGUCUGUGAUGAGUCAGUUAGAAAAUUGUCCUCUGCAGUACGGUCUGGGAUAGUUGAGUAUUUGAGUCUUGUAAAGGGUGGUCAAGACGUUAAAAAGAAAGUUCACCUAAGUGAAAAAAUUCACCCUUUUGUCAGAAAAUCUAUAAACAUAAUAAAUAAAUACUUUGAAGAAUAUGCCUUGGUUGAUCAAGAUAUUCUUGGAAGUAAAGAAAGCUGCGAUAAGAUUUUAGCUCUUGUUCCUGAAACAAUUCAUGAUGAGCUUCAACAACUCUUCCAAAAGCAUCACGGUUCACUUCAGCGUUGGGAGCUUUUGAAGAAAGUAGUCAAAUAUCCGAAUGACAUAAAAAAUGACAAAUGUGGACCCUGGCUUGAAUGGGAGAUCAUGCUCCAGUACUGUUUUCCACGGCUGGAUAUCAAUGUUAGCAAAGGAAUCAAUCAUUUGCUAAAGAGCCCUUUUAGUGUUCAUCCUAAAACAGGUCGAAUAUCAGUGCCUAUUGAUUUACAGAAAGUGGAUCAGUUUGAUCCGUUUACUGUUCCAACCAUAAGCUCCAUUUGCCGUGAAUUAGAUGCCAUUUCCACUAAUGAAGAGGAAAAAGUGGAGAACAAAGCUGAAUCAGAUAUCAAACAUAGAACCAGAGAUUAUAAGAAGACCAGUCUAGGUCCUUAUGUAAAAGUUUUUGAACAGUUUCUUGAAAACCUGGAUAAAUCUCGAAAAGGAGAACUUCUCAAGAAGAGUGAUUUACAAAGAGACUUCUGAAGAUAACAACUCCCCUUCAACCAAUGUGUAUAACUUCUACCUUCAACCACAAAUCAAAUACUUCAAGAGACAUUAAAUAUAUAUGGCAGAAACAUGUAUACAUUUUAAUGCUCAAAGCAAAAUUUCCUUUUCUUGAGAAAUAAUUAUGUUUAAAAGAGUCCUAAUACCACCAAAGUAGAGUGUCCAGGUUGCUGGAAGGAAGAAUAAUGGGAGGAAUAAGUGGAUUGCAGAUAAAUUUGUAAAAAUUUAAUAUUAUACAAAGAUAAUUCUUAGAUUUCUGUCAUAAAUACUUCUACCAGUUGCAAUAUAUAGAGGUAACUGAGCAGUAAUAUGCCCAAGACUUUAAUCUCAGCUUGCUGGAUACAGCGUCCUUACUUCCAGAGUGAAUAUUCAAGGUGAAUGAGGGCUUUGUCCUUAAGUCUUAGACACUUAAGUUAAUUAUACCUGCAGUGUGUAUUCAGUCUCUUCUUUGCUUAGUAAUAUUUUUAUAGGUCACCUCACAGCCAAUCUUUUAAAAAUCAUUUUAAACUGAGUAUCUAAACCUACCAAAACUUUAAUCCAAAAGGUGUGAGUUACUAGAUUAUUAUAAUAUGGCCUAGUAGAGUAUUGUUUACAACUAUUGCAAUUGUAGCUCCUUCUUAGGUUAGAGAACAAUUGGAACAAUCAGAUUAGUUUACAUGGUAAAGCAGCAGCUUAGAAAAAAUAACCAACUUAACCAACAAAAAAUGUGUUAUACUUGUCAAGACACUUGGACCUUCAGUAUUUCCAGAAUAUGUCCAGAUAUUUAAAUUUAAUUUUAAAGUUUUCAUUUCUUCCGUAUUUGAUUUUGUGUGAUAGAUUGUAAAGUAUCAGAUUUCUUUUUUUCUGGUUUUACAACAAGUCUAAACAAAACAGCCAUUCUGGUUUGCAUUCUGUCUUCUGAGAAACACUGGGAAGCAAGCUAUCAGGCUGUUACUUUCCGUAAUUUAUGAAAAUUUUCCUUACUUUGCAUUUCCUUUACCAUUGUUUUCUCUAUAGCUACACAGCCUUAUAUAAAACACUAUAACGCAGUCAACAUACUGAAAUGCCUUACAUUUCUUUUGCUUCUAAUUUUUUAAGAAAAAUAUUAAAGAUUAUUGUGUGAAAUUCCA